UCUAUGGCACCAAAAAGAUCAAAAGUUAUCUCCUCGGUUGGAGAGGUUCCCUCUCGCCCCUGCGUCCCUUUCCCCCACAGGUCCCUUGUUGCCGCGACAGUUAAAGUCGGACGGCCGUGAGGGACGGUCGCUGCCACUCUGGCGACCCCACCGUGUUGCGUACGAUACCGCGUUUGUGAAAACUGUUUUCCUUAGUGUCAUUUGCAUACGUGAAGUGAAACUGAUUACAUUUUGGCAACUGUGAUGGGAUUUAUUGUUCGUUUACAGUUUUACUGGGUGCGACAGAUUUAAAAAAAGUUUUAAGUGAACCUCUUGUGGAUUGUUUUUAUUUUGUAAAACGUCGCUGAUGCAUUCUAUUUCGGCUGUUUUAUUCUGGUGAUGCGUGCGCGCAAGUGAACAUGGCGCGGGGGGGUGUCGUGCUCCUCGUGCUAUGGGUGGCCGUCGCCGCCGACAAACAUGAGAUGUCAAACACAACAACGCCAGAAAGCACAACAGCAGCUCCUACGCCUCCUAUACCUUUAAGACCAGAAUAUGCCCACCCAGCCGGCGUAGAAGCACUAGAUCCUUACAACUCAGAGAAGAACCAUGCACCACCACACCACAGAGAUUAUUUAGAAGAAGAUUACGAAAACGAAUCACAUAAAGAAGAUGAACACGAUAAUAGAGAAGAUGCAGAUGAACUGCCUUCGUUAUCAGGAGAUCAUCUUUUACAGAGUUCAACAGAUGACUUACCAAUGUUUCUUUUAGAACCACAGCACGCUUUCGUUGUGAGGAACAAACCCGCGCUGCUAAGGUGUCGGGCAGCCAAUGCCCUUCAAGUGUAUUUUCAAUGUAAUGAUGUGAGAUCCGUGGCUAGUACUCAGUUUGAGUUUGUGGAUCCUCAAAGUGGUGUGAGAAUUGUGGAAGCUGAGUGUAAUGUUACGAGGGAUCAGUUAGACGAGUAUUUUGGUGAAGAUAGAUUUACUUGUACCUGCAACGCUUGGAGUAGCAGAGGUGAUAUCAAAAGUCAGCCUGCCGUUGUCGAGUUGGCAUAUCUCAAGAAGCCGUUCGCAGUAUCGCCCUCAACAACAUCAGUGGAAGCUGGUUCCGCUGCGUCAUUGAGAUGCUCUCCACCAGCUGCCGCUCCAGCCCCAAGAGUCUCCUGGCUGAAGCAUGGACAGCCAUUGCAGCAAGACCACAAUGUACUGAUAUCUGCUGAAGGGAAUCUACUCAUAUCAAGGGCAACUUUACAAGACAUGGCGAACUACAGCUGCGUCGCAGAAAACAUUGCCGGGAAGAGGAUCUCUGAACCUGCCCUUUUGACUGUUUAUGUCAACGGUGGUUGGAGUUCCUGGGGCCCGUGGACGCAAUGCCGCUGCAACGGCCGCGUAACUGGAGGCCAGAGGCGUACGCGCAGCUGUACGGAACCGCAUCCCUUGAAUGGAGGCGCGCCUUGUCAGGGACAGGCGGUGCAGAGGACCUCGGAUUGCGUGCCUUGUCAGAGCGCCUUACCCGGCCGCUGGGGCACCUGGUCUGAGUGGUCCGUCUGCGGCGCCGACUGCCGACAGACUAGAAGACGAUCCUGUACCGGUGACACUCCAUGCUCAGGCGCGCAUGCCCAACACGCGGACUGCGUCGGCGAUUACUGUGGAGUUCACGGUGUGGCGGCACACAGCGAUAUUCCCCUGUACAUAGGAAUAGCAGUCGCAGUGGUGGUAUUCUUGGCUGGAGCAGCGGUGGUAUACAAACUGCUACAGAGGAAGACGAGAGAUCAUUCGCUGUAUACCAUGACGAGGACUGAUUUCCAACCGGAGAUGUACCCAACUGUGGAAAAACAGUCACUGUCUCUAGCUCCUGACCUGAUGCAGCACCGGCCUCCAAGAUAUGAGCAUCCUCAGCCGGACUCCAGAGCUGAACAUCAUUAUGAUGUUCCACAUCUUACUAAUAGUUACGCGUCACCAGUAGACCAUCAGAUAACUCCUUGCGCCUCCAGUAAGGGUCAAAGCGAUGACUACGACAGCAAACCCUACAGCGAAUCCGAACAUUCGGCUUCCAGUUGUUUCACUAGCUCGGGCUCAAUGUAUGAUGCAGCGAAUGAGUCUGUGACGCUCCAACUAGCGGAACUCGUGUCGAACUCGCCUACAUCUCAGUCCCUCUCAGUUUCAAGUGCUGGGGCGAGGUUAGCUUUGCCUGCCGCCGGUGUUGCCCUGUCAAUACCCGAGGCAGCUCUGAGUAGGGGCAGGAGAGAACAGAUUUACGUCGCCGUGGUCAAAGACGAUCGGUAUCGACCCAGAUUGGGAAAAGGUAUCACGCAGCUGAGCCCAGUAGUUAAGUGCGGCCCGCCGCGUCUUCAAUUAAACAAGUCAGUCAUCCUACAAAUCCCUCACUGCGCCAGCCUGAAGCACGGCUUCUGGAAUCUCUCGCUAUACGCCAUCGAUCACAACAGUGCUAAAACCGACAACACUCAGCCGCAAUGGAAGAAAAUCGUCGGUCUCGGUCAGGAAACGAUCAAUACUCCCGUGUUCACUCAACUCGACAAUGAUAAAAUAUUCCUAGUGACCGAUAUGCUGUCUACUUUUGUAUUAGUGGGUGAAAGUUUCAAUGGAAAGGCGGUAAAGGCGCUUCAGCUGGCAAUAUAUGCGCCGGCAGUGCUCAUCGAAACUAGCGCAGAUUACAGUAUAAGACUUUACGUAUUCGAAGAUACGCUUUGUGCGGCCUACUACUGUCAGGAACAAGAGAAGAAACUUGGCGGCGUGCUACUCGAGCGACCCAAAACUUUACUGUUCCAGGACGGCGGUUCAAAUCUUUGUUUGAAUUUAGAACACGUCAGCCCCGGCUGGAAAGCUAAACCGGGUAUUGGUUACCAAGAAAUUCCUUUCCAACACGUUUGGGGAUCAAAUUACAACGCUUUACAUUGCAGCUUUGUAUUAGAGAGAACCCAUGAUUGCGACAAUAUCGAUUUCAGCGUGUCUGCAUGUCAGAGAACCAAUCCGUCAUACAAGCAGACAUUCCGAAUAUCCCUCGAGGACGUACGGAGCCGAUCGCCGCGGGGACGUUCACCCCGCGCCGAGUCGCAGCGCAGUUUUAACAUAACUGAAAACCUUUUAGAGGCUCGUAUGUGCCGCAGCGAAGACGGGAGCGAUGGCAGCGUUAAAAGGAAUGUAACAGUUAGCGAGGCGGGCGUCAAUGAGUGCGCGGGUGAGGGGCCGUUUAAAUUAAGUGCUCGAAUAAAAAGGCAGUUGUGCGCUAUAUUGGACCCGCCGAACGCGCGCGGGAACGACUGGCGCGCGCUGGCGGCUCGGCUGGGCGUGGAUCGCUACACCACGUGGUUCGCCACAAAGAGCUCGCCAACAGAGGCUAUCUUGGAGUUGUGGGAGUGCCGCGAGCGCGGCGCGGGCGCCACCGCCGCGCUCGCCGCCGCGCUGCGUCAGAUGGACCGCCACGAUGCUGCCGACCUACUGCACGGCAGACCCUCCUGGUUAUGAAUUCCUCACUCACCCCAAACAUACACUAAUUAAUGACUACUAUUCAACGGUACGUAUCCGUGUGUAUUCUAACGAGACAAUUGUGAAUGAUGAUAAAUGUGAAACUAUAGGCCUAUGCGAACGAAUGUAUAUGGACGAUUGUUGGUAAACUAAUGCGUAGUUUAAAUGUUAUGUUAGAAAAAAGUAUAGUUUCGUAGGCCGACGGCCUAAGUUUGUAAAAUCUUCGUAGUAUAUUUUGUAUAGAAUAUUCUAUGCUGUAGAUAAGCGAUCGAUGAAUAAAUUAUAUUAUAUUAGCAAUAAUAGUGCCUACAAUGUCUUUUAAAGAAACAUCGCCGACUUGAGACAGUCGGCGUCAGUUGGUUAUUUUGUUAUUUUUUGUAUAGUGUUUGAGUGUUUUAUUAACUGAGAAAUUCGCUUAUUUUUCUAUUUUAUUUGCUCGCAAUAAUUUGAACUUGCUUAUUAUAGAUUCGAACUUUGUGCCAAAUAUGUACUGCCACAGCAAAAUUUUGGCAAUAAUCUAAAAGAAAAUGUUAUACGUGUCUAACUCUGAGCUUAUCUAGCUACUGUUUAAAGUUACAAUAUAAGUAUUUUUAUUUGAUGUUAGAUGAAUUUUCAAUAUUUAUAAUCACGUUAGAGAAGAACCACUUACUUGACUUGUCACAAAGAUUCAUUUUCACUCACAUUAGAAGCAUGAAUAGUGAAAAAUUCAUCUAAUACUCUCGUUUACUAUAAAGACUUUACAACUGCAUUUAUAUCUAAAACUAAUUCAAUGUAAACUUCGAAUAAGUCAAACUUUACGGUCUAUUUAUACGCGAUAAUCUACAUUUAGUUUUCACAUAUUUUACGAAACAAAAUGAACUUUAUAAAAACUUCAACAAGUAUUAAAAUAUCAAAAGAAAUGUUAACUGCCUAAACUCACUGCCUUAGAAAUUAUCGCGUAUGAAAAGAACUGAAAAUUCCGCUAUCCAAUAGAAAGAUCUUGCUAUUUUCAACCUUUUAGAUCAUUUAUACUGCUGAAAUGGGGAUAGAAUGAGCAAUAUAAAGUCAUGAACUUUCGUAAAAAAAUUCUGUAGCUGUAAUACAAUCUUCACAGAUAAAUAAAACGACCUAUGGAAAACACGUUAAUGCGAGAAAUCAUAUAAAUUACUUGAUUGACAAAAAAAAAUCAAGUGUUAGUUGCCUAUCUGUUAAGUCAAGCCAAUACUUAUCGCCAGAUUGUGAAACUGGACAUCUCUAUCAUAGACAAGCGAUCAACCUUUUUGCUCUCCAAUCUUACCAACCUUACCAUUAUUAAAUCAUUCUACUAUUUAACUAAAACCUUUCUCAAUUUGGUCUGAACCACUCUCUUCUCUGUUAUUAAGGCCGUCAACAACAUUUUUACUUGUAAUAAAACUUUCAUUGAUAUGUAGAAUCCACGAUGACAACUUAAUAACUUCGAUAGCGUGGCUACACCCGAGGGGUAUUUUGGUCCAUACAAUUUUAAUUGUCAUGAAUAUACAACUGGUUUUCGUGUUACGAUUGAGUUAUAUGAAAUUGAUUAUAAAAAUUGUAUUGGAAACUGAAUUGUGUGAGUAAUAAAAUAUUAGGUUUAUAGCAAGGCCUGAUGAUUGGGAAAAUGUAGUCGAAAUUUUGAUUCGAAGUAAGAAUACCUUUAUGAAGUGAAGUUGGAACAAUGAGCAAUGAGAAACUUUUGAAAUGCACAAUUACCAUCAUUGCUACAAUAAGACUUUUAGAAACACAUUUUAUUUUCUUUUAUAUUCGAAAAUAUUCUAUGUACCUACCCUUAUUUCAGCAGUACAACGAAGCACUUGAUCGUCUCUUUGUAUAUAAUGUGAUAGAUUGUAAAUAUCAUGUAUCGCAGUUACAGAAGUAGUUGGAACAUAACUAUUGCUAUGUAAAUGGUGUCAUCACCACCAGUAGACUAUAUAUAUUUUUGUUAACGUGAUGAAUAUUAAAAUAAAUGGAUCUGUGAUACUUAAAUAAUAUGAAAUAAAUUAUGUUUAACUGUGCAUA